CUUCGAAUCUGCAAAGGAUUCAGUUAACGCCAACUCCAAAUUUGAAUAGGAUUCGGCAAAAUACUUCAAAUAUAUAUACUUCAAAUUUGAAAAGACUUGCUCAGCAAAAUCUACAAACUCAAAAAUCACAAUCUGUUCUCUCUCUCUCUCUCAAGGGUGUCUCUGCCAAUACUACUUGUGUGAGAAGGCCAGAAUAAUGGAGCUUGGAUCUAAGUCUCAACCACAAAAGUGUGACGUGACAAACAGUUUCUGUAUGGAUCGGUUAAGUGAUUUGCCGGACGAAAUUAUUGUCUCCAUUCUUUCAUUUUUGAAGUUGAAAGAAGCAGCAAGGACGAGUGUCCUCUCUAGAAGGUGGGGACAUCUGUGGAAAUUUACGACUGGUAGCUUGGACUUUGAUGAUUCAUCAUUACAAUAUCUCAGGAAGAAGAGCUUUUUUAAGACUUUACCUGGAAUUGACAGGGAUAGGUAUGUCGGUUGGGUAAAUCAUGUAUUGCAAUUGCAUCAAGCUUAUACCAUAGAUGGAUUUAAAGUUUGUUUUCCUCUAAAAGAGGAGUGUAACAAAUUGGAUAUUGACAAUUGGAUACUUUUUUCACUGAGAAAGAAAGUGAAGAGGCUUUCAUUGGAUUUCGACCCUAUUAUUACAGGCUCGGCUAGGGGACAUUACACUCUUCCUGCUCAAAUUCCUCAUGGUUAUAGCCUCAAUUUCCUAACAAACCUCUCUUUGAGUUAUGUGGAAGUGACCGGAAAAGUUCUUACUUAUGUUUUAUCUAAUUGUCCAUAUAUUGAAGCACUACAUGUGGAAGCCUCAAAUUCUUUGGUGAAAUUAAAGUCUUCUAGGCCUUUGCUCAAGCUAAAGCAUCUAGAGAUAUUACGCUGCUUCUCUCUCAAAACGAUUGAGAUUUCCGCCAUAAAUCUUUUUUCAUUCAAAUAUUUUGGGGAUAAGAUAAGGCUACGUCUAGGGGAUGUUCCCAAUCUUGUUGAUGUUUCUAUGGAUGGUUUGUAUGCUUUUGAUUUUGUGAAGAAAUGUUGCCCGAUUUCAAGUUAUCUCUCUCAGCUGCAGACAAUUGUACUAAAGGUGUAUGUUGAGGGGUUCCCCAAAUUUCCAGAGUUAAGAAGCCUCAAGAAAUUAACAUUGAUUGUAACUUCAUAUCGUGCCCACAGUCUCCUUUGUUGCACUUCCGUGCUGAAGGCAUCUCCCAUUUUGCAAAAAUUUACACUCGAGAUGAUAGGGCUAAAUAAUGACCUUGGAAAAAUUGAGGCACAGAAGGCUAAAUGUCCACACCAAUGCCUCAAGGUGCUUGAAUUGAUUGGUUUUGUUGGUGGUACACAUGACAUGGAGCUUGCCCUAGAUGUACUCAACAAUGCUGUGUCACUGGAGACGAUAAUUAUUGACACACGGUUACCUUUUGUGGAGAAUACUAGGGAUCCUAUGACGAAAUUAGCCGCUUUAACUCGUGCCAGGCAACUCGAAACAACAUUACCACCAAGGAUUAAAAUGGUGAUAGUGUAAAAGUAUUGUGAAAUGUAAACCUUAAUGUAUUCAUGGAGUGAGCUUAGCUUCAACUUUGCAAGAAUGAAGCACAUAAGUUUAUUUAAGUUUAUCAUUGAAUGUAGUGAUUGACAAUAGGUAUAUCUCAUGCUUUUAGGGGAAAAAGUAUGUCUCAUGCAGCUUACUGUAGUUCUGGCUACAAUGGUGUGUUGAGGGUGCAGCUUGCACAUUUAUGAUGAAUGUAUCUGUUAUUGUAUUUU